AUGCACAGCAGCGAGCCAGGGGAUCGCUGUGCCAGUGUGCAGGAGUCAGGGCUCUGCAUCUGGGCUCAAGGCUACAAAGUUCCCGUGUUUGGGCAGACGGAGGGGCUGUCCCCGGGGCGCGCGGGGCUCGAACGUGGGGCGAGCGGGGAACGGAUACGGGGACGAACGGCCCCGCGCCUCCCUCUCCCCUACCGGGCCGGGCCAUGCCCCCGGCCCCGGGCGGGGCUGCCCCGAGCCCCGCCCCGGCCGUCCCGCCGCGGUCUCGCCUCCGCCCGGCUCUGGCCGUGCUGGCGGUGGCGCUGCUGGGCGGGCAUCAGUGCCUGGUGCGGGGGCGGCACCGCCGCCCUUCGGCUCCGCCUGGCUCGAGCCCGGCCCCGGACCCGACGCAGGCUCCAGUCCCGGCCCCGGCCCCGGCCCCGGCUUCUCCCGGGGCCCGCGGAGCACACCCGCGGCGCGGCCACUCCCGCCGCUCCCGCUGCGGCUUCCCCGGCCCGAGCUCCGCCGCUUGGCAGCGCGGCCUCCGGCCCCCAGCCGCCGGGGCCGGGGGCGGGUGGGGAUGCCGGGCCCGGGGCGGGUGAGGGGCGCUCGGGGGCCGUUGCUGGCCCCGGGCCGAGCGCUGACAGCCGCGUCCCGCCCGCAGGGACGGCGCAGGAGGCCCUGCAGGAGCGGUACCGGCUGGGAUCGCUGCUGGGGCUCGGCGGCUUCGGCAGCGUCUUCGCGGCCACGCGGCUCUCGGACGGCGCCCCGGUGGCCAUCAAACGCGUGCCGAGGGAUCGCAUCCGGCUCUGGGGCGAGCUGCCCGACGGCACCAGCGCACCCCUGGAGAUCGUGCUGCUGGCCAAGGUGUCCUGUGGCUGUGGCGGUGUCAUUCAGCUCCUGGAGUGGCUUGAGCUCCCCGACAGCUUCCUGCUGGUGCUGGAGCGUCCGGAGCGGUGCCAGGAGCUCUCGGGUUUCCUGGCGGAGCGGGGGUUCCUGCCGGAGGAGGAGGCGCGGGGGCUGUUCCGCCAGGUGCUGGAGGCCGUGCGGCACUGCACCAGCUGCGGGGUCCUGCACCGGGACAUCAAGCCCGAGAAUGUCCUGCUCGACCUGGCCAGCGGGCAGCUGAAACUGAUCGACUUUGGCUGUGGCGCCUUCCUCCAAGACACAGCCUACACCCAAUUUGCAGGAACCCUGUCCUACAGCCCACCAGAGUGGAUCCAGCACCAACGCUACCACGGCGAGGCAGCCACGAUCUGGUCCAUGGGCCUCCUGCUGUGCCACCUGGUCAUGGGGAAGCACCCGUUCAGGAGGGGCCAGGAGAUCAUCCGGGGGCGAAUCUUGUUCCCACGAUGGCUCUCUCGAGAGUGCCAAGAUGUUAUUAAGAGGUGUUUGUCCAUGCAACCCUCGGACAGGCCAUCCUUAGAAGAGCUUUUCUGUCAUCCUUGGGUGAAGGGUGUUUCCCUGCCCUAGAAGACUGAAGAAAUCCACGUGCACAGUUGGAUCCAGGGACCUAGCAGGGAAGGAGAAGGAGCCCCUGGAGAAGCUGUUCCAAAUGGGGCUGGUGCUGGAG